AUGGAAGCUCUAGCACAUGACGAUGGCCGCCUCCAAGCAGGAACAACUCUACGAGGAAAUUCUCCAUUCGGAAGCUCUGGCCGAGGAGACUCUGGCCGAGGAGCGGGAGACUGUCCGUCGAAUCGAUCUCUGGAAGGAUUAGUUCUGCAUGGGCAAAAUGGGCUGCACGUCGAAGACCUUGCCAGCCAGCGAGCCAUUGUGGAGGCGCAGCAGACAACCAUUCGUCUGCGGGCCGAUUUGGUGGAGGUGCAGCGGGUGGACGAUCUUCAGCAGGCCGCGAAUACCCACGCAACGGAGAUGUUCAACGCGGUGCCUUCUUUCUCGUUCUACAGCCGUGGCAGCGCCUCAUCCGAGCCUGAGGAUGAGGGUGGCCGGAAGCGCGAAUCCGAACUGAUGAGCUCCGACAAUGGGCGCGAUGUGCCGUUACAGACGGCGCAGAAGGAUGCUCUCGCCGGCAUAAAGAAGGGAAUCAAGCGGUUGCAGGCCAGAGCCGCUUCGGGAGACCGCUCGACCAGGCAGACGGCGCUACAACAGCGGAAACUUGCGCUUAUCAAAGGAAAAUGA